AUGACGUCAAUAGGAUGUACAUGUAAAUCAAGCCCCACACAUGAAAAUAGGGCCGCUGAGGACCCGUUUGAAGUCAUGUGUAGGACAGUACUGUACUGCCAACUGUCAGGACAGUGUCAGGACAACCCUGGCACCCGGCAGUGUCAGGAUAACCCUGGCACCCGACAGUGUCAGGACACCCCUGGCACCCGGCAGUGUCAGGACAGCCCUGGCACCCGACAGUGUCAGGACAGCCCUGGUACCCGGCAGUGUCAGGACAACCCUGGCACUCGGCAGUGUCAGGACAACCCUGGCACCCGGCAGUGUCAGGACAACCCUGGCACUCGGCAGUGCCAGGACAACCCUGGCACCCGGCAGUGUCAGGACAACCCUGGCACCCGGCAGUGUCAGGACAACCCUGGCACCAGGCAGUGUCAGGACACCCCUGGCACCCGGCAGUGUCAGGACACCCCUGGCACCCGGCAGUGUCAGGACAACCCUGGCACCCGGCAGUGUCAGGACAACCCUGGCACCCGGCAGUGUCAGGACAACCCUGGCACCCGACAGUGUCAGGACAACCCUGGCACCCGACAGUGUCAGGACAACCCUGGCACCCGGCAGUGUCAGGACAACCCUGGCACCCGGCAGUGUCAGGACAACCCUGGCACCCGGCAGUGUCAGGACAACCCUGGCACCAGGCAGUGUCAGGACAACCCUGGCACCAGGCAGUGUCAGGACACCCCUGGUACCAGGCAGGAGGACUUCAGCAAGUUACAGGAGGACCUUGACAAACUCCAGGACUCUGCAAACACGUGGUUACUGAAAUUCAGUCUCAACAAGUGUAAAGUUAUGAAGAUGGAAAAUGGAGAAAGGAGUCCAGGAAGUAUCUACACCAUAAGGGGAAGACAAUAG